AUGACUUCCCUGGGCUCCCAGCUCUGCAGGGCAGCAUUCCUGGCCACCAUCUUGCUGCUGCUGUGGGUCAAGGGAGUGAAGCCUCAGAAAGGCAGCCUGGACCCCAACAAGAGGAGUCAGAACGAGAAGAUACCCUCUACAGACCAGGAUCAAGAGCACUUUGAAGAGCACUUUGUGGCCUCCUCAGUGGGUGAGAUGUGGCAGAUUGUGGACAUGGCCCAGCAGGAAGAUGACAAGACUUCAAACACUGCAGCUCUUCGUGACCACCUAUUGGACCUAGCCUUCUGCUUCAAUCUGGCCAGCAUCCUGGUUUUUUUAUGA